UUUUCGUUUCCUCCGGGUGCCUUUUGAACGGUGCACCCGAAAGGCGGGGCCUGCGGGGCAAGAUGGAGUACGUGCAGGUCUUGAAGCGGGGGCUGCAGCAGGUUAGCGGCCACGGUGGCCUCCGAGGCUAUCUACGAAUGCUCUUCAGGGUGAAUGAUGUGAGGGUUGGUACAUUAGUGGGUGAAGACAAAUAUGGAAACAAAUACUAUGAAGAUAACAAGCAAUUUUUUGGCCGUCACCGAUGGGUUAUAUACACUACUGAAAUGAACGGCAAAAACACGUUCUGGGAUGUGGAUGGAAGCAUGGUGCCCCCUGAAUGGCAUCGUUGGCUUCACUGUAUGACUGAUGAUCCUCCAACAACAAAGCCACCUACUGCUCGUAAAUUCAUUUGGACAAACCAUAAAUUCAACGUGAGUGGCACUCCGGAACAGUAUGUACCUUAUUCCACCACUAGAAAGAAGAUUCAAGAGUGGGUCCCACCUUCAACCCCUUACAAGUAAAGACAGUGGAAAACAGUUAAAACUUGUAAAAUAUGGGCCUUUUCAAGUAAUUGCACUGCUUACUGCUUACUUUUAAUUUGAUUAAAAUGAUUUGAUUAAACAA